AUGUCCCUCGCCAACAGCAGCACCCUAACAGAGUUCGUCUUGCUGGGGCUCACAGGCCACCCGGAUCUCCAGCCUCUGCUCUUCGUGCUCUUCCUGCUUGUUUACCUUGUCACCGUGCUGGGCAACCUGGGCAUGGUGGUGCUGAUCAGACUGCACCCGUGCCUCCACACGCCCAUGUACUUCUUUCUCACUCACCUGGCCCUGGUGGACUUGUGCUACACCUGCAAUGCCACCCCGCAGAUGCUGGCCAAUUUCUUAUCAGACACGAAGACCAUUUCCUUUGCGGGCUGCUUCACCCAGUGUUACAUUUUCAUUGCUCUUCUCCUGACGGAACUUUACAUGCUGGCUGCCAUGGCCUAUGACCGCUAUGUGGCCAUCUGCGACCCUCUGCUCUACAGUGUGAGGAUGUCCCGGCGAGUCUGCAUCAGCUUGGCCACACUGCCCUAUGCCUAUGGCUUCUCAGAUGGGCUGGUGCAGGCCAUCCUGACCUUCCGCCUGACCUUCUGCAGGUCCAAUGUCAUCAACCACUUCUACUGCGCGGAUCCGCCUCUCAUUAAGCUGGCCUGCUCGGACACUUUCGUCAAAGAGCAUGCCAUGCUCAUCUCCGCGGGUGUCAACCUGUCCGCCUCCCUCAGCAUCAUCCUGGUGUCCUACGCCUUCAUCAUCACCACUAUCCUCAGGAUCAGGUCCACAGAGGGGAGGCGCAAGGCCUUCUCCACCUGUGGGUCCCACAUGGUGGCUGUCACCUUGUUCUAUGGGACUCUAUUCUGCAUGUACGUGAGGCCACCAACAGACGAGACUGUGGAACAGUCCAAAAUAAUAGCUGUCUUCUACACUUUUAUCAACCCAGUGCUUAACCCAUUAAUCUACAGUCUGAGGAACAAAGAUGUAAAGCAGGCCUUGAAGAAUGUCAUCAGAAAAAACACUGUCAGAACAACGACUGUAUCUUCAAUUUCUCAUAAAUCUUAA